GCAGAAGCAUGCUAAGUCGUAUAUUCAUAGUAUCGAGGUUGAUGGGUCAUCCCUGACCCAGGAGUCUCAGAUUCAGGAGUCAGUCGUUGCUCACUUCCAGACCCUCUUUACCUCUGACAGAGGGUCCCUUGUUGCCCCGACCACUUAUUUCUUCCCCACCAUCCCUUUUUCGGUCAAUCUUGUCGGUCUCUGUGAGCUCCAUAGUAUGGAGGAGGUUAGGGAUGCUAUUUUCAGGAUUGAUCCCAACAAAGUUUUUGGCCCUGAUGCUUUCUUCUCUCUCUUCUAUCAGGUCUGCUGGGAUUUAGUCGAGUCUGACGUUGAGGAGGUAGUAUUGGAUUUUUUCUCUAGUUACCAGAUGUCGGAUUCCUUCACGUCUACCUUCGUCAUCCUGAUUCCCAAAAGAUCUAAUCCGAGCUCUUGGUCUGACUACAGGCCCAUCAGCAUAUGUAACAUGACCAACAAGCUCAUUUCGAAGAUUCUUAACGGCCAUUUUUUCCCUCUUCUCCCCUCCCUCAUCUCUCCGGACCAUAGUGCCUUCGUCAAGGAUCGGGUCGAGCCCGUCCAUGAGAUUGAGUUUGAGCAGGGCUCCAAGACCUUUGUUGAGCGGGUGAUCUACGAGAAGAUCUCUGCCUUCUGUACCUCGUGCAGUCAUGUGGGGCAUAUAGCGGUUGAUUGCUACAUUAGUGGCAAUAAGCCACGACCCACUCUGCCUGAGCUCCAUCGUGGGACUCAGUCGGGGCCCUCCAACAGUCGGAGGGACCCGAAGGGAAAGGACAAAAUCCCUCUCCAUGCGCCCGCAUCCCCAAAGGGGAUCAAGAAUAAGGGCAAGGCUGUGAUGGACACCACU